AUGCAGUAGGAUUUGUAAAUUUAGAUCAGGAGGACUGAGAUGACAUUCCCUUCGAGUAAGAAUUGCUUUUAAAAUAUAGGCAGUUUUGUUUUAGAGUUGAAAUUAAAAUCAAGACUGAUUUGGAAUAAAAGUUAUGAAGAACGGUAAGGUUGUAAAAGAUGUCCAAAUAUUGAUAUUAGUGAAUAUUGA